GCUUGACACAUUUGCAGUUCGGCAAUUGUCAAAUGUUGUUUUCUUUCGUUGUCCUCAAUAUUAUGACUUAAUCCACCGAUCAAAAGUUUAAGACACUAUUUCGUCUGGAUAAACAAGAUGCCUCCAAAAUUUGUUCGUAACCCUGGCAGUGGUGACUAUGCCUCUUCAAGAAGUGCUGAAACUAGGGCUUUACUAGAGGCAGGAUCUGACGAGGAAGAUUUCUUUCUACAAGGUCCCAAUGUGAAGACCAAUUCUCUAAGAGAAGACCCCAAGAUAAACAGACUCCAGAACCAGGUGGAUGAUGUUGUAGGUAUUAUGAAAGAUAAUAUGGGUAAAGUGAUUGACCGCGGCGACCGUCUUGAAGAUCUACAGGACAAAUCUGACAAUUUGGCUAGCAAUUCAGAUUUGUUUCGAUCCCGUUCCCGUGACCUGAGAAAAAGCAUGUGGUGGAAAAAUUGCAAGAUGAAGAUAAUACUGGUGCUGGUUAUUGUAAUUAUACUGGCAGUUAUAAUCAUUCCAAUCAUUGCGAGUCACACUGGAAACAAUGGGUAGUACAGGAGAGCUAACAGAGGCAUAUUGGAGAGCAGUGAUUGUAGCUGGAGAUCCGUGUUUAAAGAAACUGAUGGCGGCAUGUUUGAGAUCUAUAACAUUGGAUCUGCUAUUUACAUUACACUACCUGAGGGAGGCUCGGGUGCUACCCACCAUGUAUCCUCCUUCCACAUGCGAGUGAGAUAUUCUUAUUUAUGUAAAUAUAUGUGUAGAAAAACUUAUAUGUAACCCAGAUUUUUUCUUUUGUAUAUUAUUUGGUUAAAGGGGUUUGUUGUAAACCUAUUAUCCUUUAUCUGCCAUUUUUGCUGCUUCUGCAAAUGCUGGGUUCUAUUGCUUCUGGAAUGUUGACAGAAAUGGUUGAUCUGUUAGUGAAUGUGUGAACACGACUGGGUUUUUUAUUUAUUGAAAGUCUUGAUUGACAUAUCCUUAGCCUCGUCAUUAUUAGAAGGUAUUGUGUGAUCAACAUACCUCGUCAUUCUUGGGAGGUAUUGUGUGAUCAACAUACCUCGUCAUUAUUGGAAGGUAUUGUGUGAUCAACAUACCUCGUCAUUAUUGGGAGGUAUUGUGUGAUCAACAUACCUUGCCAUUCUGGGGAGGUAUUGUGUGAUCAACAUACCUCGUCAUUCUUGGAAGGUAUUGUGUGAUCAACAUACCUCGCCAUUAUUGGAAGGUAUUGUGUGAUUAACAUACCUCGCCAUUAUUGGGAGGUAUUGUGUAAUCAACAUACCUCGUCAUUAUUGAGAGGUAUUGUGUGAUCAACAUACCUCGUCAUUAUUGGGAGGUAUUGUGUGAUCAACAUACCUCGCCAUUAUUGGAAGGUAUUGUGUGAUCAACAUACCUCGCCAUUAUUGGGAGGUAUUGUGUGAUCAACAUACCUCGCCAUUAUUGGAAGGUAUUGUGUGAUCAACAUACCUCGCCAU